AUGGAGAAGAAAUUGGAGCAGGGAAUUUCAUUUAUCCGAAAUUUCGCUGAAAAGUAUAAAGAGACCAUAUUAGAACGUUUAAAUCCAAAGACAGUAAAAACCAUUAAUAAAAAAAAAAAGAUGAAAAAAACAAAAUAUAUAUUUAAAAAUGGUGAAAAGAAAAGAAGUAAAAGCUAUAAAGAAGAAAAAAUGAGAAAACUGGAUAACUAUUUAAUUAGUCAAGAAAAAGCAUUAGAUAUCCAAGAAAAUUACACAAUUUUCAAUAAAUUUAACACACAAUCCAAUAAUCUUUUUUAUAAUUCCAUUGAUAAUAAAGUCUCAACUUGUUUAAAAAAGAAUAAAUUUGAAGGAAAAAAUGAUGAAAAAAACUGUACAACAAUUAAUGAUAAUUUCCUUGAUUCAUUGAAUUCUCUUGAAUUUAAAAUUAAACAGGAAAUUCAAGAAAACAAUGAUUUAUUAUCUCUUCAGAGACUUAAAGAAUUGAGCCAAAACAGUAAAGAGCUAUCAAAAGGAAAAAAGUACUUAAGCUUGAAAAGAAUACCGCAUUCGAAUGAUGAUGCAAGGGGAACAUUUAUAAAAACAAAAAAUUUGAAUAAAGAACAAUUAGAUGAUAGAAAUACAAAAAAACAAAAAAAAACAUAUAAUUUUGAAUAUGAAAAAACUUGUAAUUAUUAUAAGAAAUGUAACAGUAAUCCUAAAAACGAAAUAAAAAAAAACUCUGAAUGCAAAAAUCGUAACGAAAUAAUUUUUACCAAAUGUGAAAAUAGAGAUAAAGAAAAAAAAACUGAAGAAAUAGACAUGCUUAUUAAUGUUACCUCAAGAAAAGUAACCGAUGAUAUAUUAUUCAAUAGUAAUGAAUUAUCUCUAGGAGAUGGAAAAAAUGCUUUAGUAUUUGGAAAAAAUAAGUUUGAAAAUAUUAAAAAAAUUUUCCAAAAUGUAUUAAUAGAAAAUAAACAUGAUAAAAAUAAUAAAAAAGAAAUAUAUGAAUGCAGUAUAUCAAACAAUUUUGAUAAUUUUAUAUCAUAUAAUAAAAUUAACAAACAAAAUGAGGACACCAAUAAUAAUAUUUUAAAUAAAACAAAUCAAAUGCAUAUAGAUGAAUGCUCUAAUGAAUAUAUAAAUAAUCAAGAUAAUACUUUAAUGAAUUUUGAACAAAAUGAUAAUAAUAAUAAUAAUAAUAAUAACGGAAACGAAAAUACUGUUGAUAAUAUUCAGGCAAAUACGUCUAAAAUUAACGUGGAAGGAAUUAAAUCUUCUCAUAAGGGAAAGGACUCGGAAGAAUUUAAUAAUUUAUUUAAUGGAACACCACCAAUGAAGGAAGAUAAUUGUUUUGAUUUGUUUUUUAAUGAACCGUUAGCAACUCCAUCCAUAUUUCACAUGUGA